AUGGAGCUUGAUUCGGCGCCCCCAGGCUCAGCACCUGAAGAGCAGUUGUCUGGUUGGGCUGGCUUCCACCGCCGUCGUGAACGAUCUCAGGAGCGCAGGGAAUCCUCUCAUUCCUACCGUCCUCGUAUCAACACUAGGGAUUCGUGGCACCCCUCAACUGAUGCGGAUAACAUGGAGGUGGAGGCCGUUGAAGGGGGCAAGCGCCAACGUGUUGAGGGUGGGACGAGGACGACUCAAUUGUUCAACCGUCGGGAAGAAGAUUUGCCUCGCAAGGUACCCCACCAUUCCCCAGAACACCGACCUAAAGUGCACUCUCCGGUCAGCAGCUUUUCUAAACUUCCUACACCAGCGGUUGUUAGCCAGUCUGUGAACAUUGAAGCUGCUAUGAACCGCGUACGAGAUAUUGCUAGUCAGAUCAACCAGGCCAAUCCACAGCUCAAGUCCCGUCCAAAGUCUCGGUUCGGCCAGGCGUCAGACUCGAAUAAUGCAAGAGAAAGUGAGACAAGUUCAGGAUUUCUGAUUCCCAGCGGCCCGCCCGGUGUGUUCGGACCAGCCAAUGUUCCAGACAACACUGUAUUACCCGAGACCAACGAGCGAUCCUCGCCAGAAGACGUUAAUGAUGGCCGUCAGGGCUCGGAAGGCUCCCAAAGCUCCCACAUCGUCUCACGGAUGGAUGAAGCUUCUUUGCGCGAUAACACCCAUCCCCAGAGACAUGCCGGACGGCACGGGAUUCGCGACCAGAUGCUAACUCUUUCAAGAGAGAUCGGAAUAGGUCUGACAAUUACAGGAACGGCGGCCGUAACAAUUCCGAAAAGUCCCCAAGAUUUGUUGAUUCCUACAGGCCCGGGGAUGAAAACCCUGGUCGAGGCGGUGGUGGCAUGCGCGCAUGGGACAAACCCGAGCAAGAGUCUCAGCGCGACCUUCCCCCACACUUCCUCUCAAUUGACGAACCGAACCUAUCGAAACGCAGGAGAUCGGCCUUUUGCUCGACCGCCUCGUGUGUUGCUCCCUACUCCUGAAGGCCUUCCUCCACGCCCUCUGUCUCCAACAGAGUUCCCGCGGGGCGCCGGAAAUCGCGGACAAACGGCCGGGCAGGCCCAUUCGCCUACAGGCCAAGGGAGUCGCCCUUCUGUGAAUAUCAAUACUGAGGUUGCCGACGCCACUACAGACGAUGAUGUCGAGCAAACCCCGACAACUGGAUUUUCGUUCCUUACGGCCUCGGCGGGUACACCUCGCAAGUUCUCUUUGCUUGAUCGGAUGACCGACCCCACCAGUGGAGCUCCGCUCACUGUCCCCGCGAAAGAUCGGGGCAAUAACAGCAACGGUUACCAACAACAAUUCAGGCGCAGAGGUCAAAUCGGUCAGGCCCCCGCAGAUAACACCCUCCUGAAAUAG